AUGAAGGAGGGUUCUCAGCAAAGGGUCAAGAUAGCUGCCAUACACAAGAACCCCCUCCAUCUGAACCCUAAGGAACACUUAUAUGACAUCAUGCUUGUGAAGCUGGCUACAAAAGCCAGAGUGAAUGGGAAAGUGCAAGUCCUGGACCUGCCAGCAGAGGGCGCUAAAGGGCUGGAGUGCUCAGUAGCAGGGUGGGGGAUGGCAGCCCCAAAAUCCAGCGCUCAGAGUGUCCUACAGGAGGCAGCAGUUCAGCUGGAUGACCCCAGCCAGUGCAGGUGUCUUUGGCGUGGCCACUACAAUUCUAAACAAAUGCUCUGCAGUUUCACUGGUGGCCGGAGUGGCUUUUGCCAGGGAGAUUCUGGAGGUCCUCUCGUCUGUCAGUCAAAGUUGUAUGGCAUAGUGGCUUACACGGCUACGCGCUGCAACAGCUACCGCUACCCUCAGGUCUACAUGAACGUGUCCUUCUUCCUGCCCUGGAUCCGGGAGGUUCUGGAAGGAAGCGCCUGAUGUUGCAGCAUGCCUCACGGGCCACGGCUCCCAGAGUCUGAGUGGGACGGAGUCAACCCCCAAGUCAUCAUAAUCACACACGUGUAGUAAUGGGAGUGUGUGUGUGGGUGUGUGUGUGUGUGUGUGUGUGUGUGUGUGUGUGUGUGUGU